CCGACCCCGGCCGGGGCUGCGGCUGCGGCUGGCGCUGCCGUGGGCGCCGCUGCCCUCGCCCGAGCCCCGCACUGCCAUGCUCCCGCCGCGCGGCGGGCCAAGGCGUCCCUGAGUCUCUAUAUAAGCGCAGGCCAGGGGACACCCGGAGGGGCUGAAGAUGAGGGUGCCCGCGCAUGGGCCCCCGCCGAUUGCCAACCCCUACCGAGCCCGCGCCCCGUGUGGAGCCCACGGCCGCCGAGGACCCGCCUUCGCCACAGUAGCAGCUGGGGCUGCGACAGAGGCGGCAGCUGCGGCGGCGCCUGUCGCGCGAGCGCGUAGAGCAGCGGCCGCAGCUCCGGGGCCGCCGCUGCCCCGGCUGCCAUGAGUUGUGCGGAGGUGAUGUAUCACCCCCAGCCGUAUGGAGCGCCCCAGUAUCUGCCCAACCCCGUGGCAGCUGCAACCUGCCCCACAGCCUAUUACCACCCGGCGCCCCAACCUGGCCAGCAGAAGAAGUUAGCGGUAUACAGCAAGAUGCAGGACUCUCUGGAAGUCACCCUUCCCAGCAAACAAGAGGAGGAGGAGGAGGAGGAGGAGGAGGAGGAGGAGGAGGAGAAAGACCAGCCUGCCGAGAUGGAGUACCUUAACUCUCGCUGUGUCCUUUUCACUUAUUUCCAGGGAGACAUUGGGUCAGUAGUGGAUGAACACUUCUCAAGAGCUUUGGGCCAAGCCAGCACCCAUCAUCCAGAAUCUGCCAUUUCAAAAAGCAAGAUGGGGCUAAACCCCUCAUGGAGAGACAGCUCAGCUCUCUCAAGCCAGCGGAGUAGUUUCCCGACUUCCUUUUGGACCAGCUCUUACCAGCCCCCAUCUGCACCCUGUUUUGGGGGAGUUCAUCCUGACUUCCAGGUCACUGCACCCCCUGGCACCUUUACUGCCGCUGACCCCAGCCCCUGGUCAGGACAUGGGCUGCAUCAGACUGGCCCCGCCCCUCCCCCUCCUGUGUCCGAGUCCUGGCACUACCCUUUGGCAUCUCAGGUGAGCCCAUCCUACAGCCACAUGCAUGACAUGUACAUGCGGCAUCACCACCCCCACAUGCACCACCGCCACCACCACCACCACCACCACCAUCACCACCACCCUUCUGCUGGCUCUGCCCUGGAUCCAUCCUAUGGCCCCCUGCUGAUGCCGUCUGUGCGCGCGGCCAGGAUUCCCGCUCCCCCGUGUGACAUCACAAAAACAGAUCCGACUACAGUCACCACUGCUACCUCAGCGUGGGCCGGAGCCUUUCACGGAACCGUGGACUUAGUGCCAAGUGUGGGGUUUGAUACAGGUGAGCCCAGUGAUUUCCUCCUUUCCAUAAAAGAAGAAAAAUUAAUGAAAUAAAUACAGAAAAAUGGAGGAUGUUUUAAAUACCUGGAAAACUUUUUCUCUUCCGUGGAAAGUUCAGCUUUGCCCAUAUGUUUAUAGAACUAACCAUUUUUCAAGAAUUCCUGCAUUCCUGCAGAAACUGGUAUGACUGCGUGAGAGAGGUCUCAGAACUUUUCUCCCAUUUCUUAAACUAGUAAUCUGUUUCUUUGAACUGGAAUCUCUGGCACUUUAUAUUUACAAAGAUUUAAACACAUUCUUUAAAUCUCCCAUGUCUCUGUACUCUCUACAGUGAUGUGUAAUGCCUAACAGAAUUCAGAAAUAGUAUGUUUCAGUAAUUUUUCCUUCUCCCUUUUUUGGCAGGUCUUAUUUAUUAUUUAUAAACCAAACUGCUUUCUGGAAUAUAAUCCAUGUAAUAUAAUCAUGGUCUUUAAAAAGAAUUAUGGAACGUAAUUUAAAGGAAUGGAUUUCUCUUCCCUUUCUUCCCCUGCCCUUCCUUUCCCUUCAUUUGCCUUUUGUUAGUUUCCUCCUCCCUCCCUCCCUCCCUUUCUUCCUUCUUUCCUUCCUUCCUUGCUUUCUCUUCUCCUCCUCAUCCUCCUUAUUCUCCUUCCUUUCUCUUUCUCUCCCUCGCUCUCUCUUGUUUUAAAGCAUCAGACU